CACGUCGUCCGCUGAUAGGAUCACACGGGUUGGCGAUAAUGCUAGCGUCUGCCCUACAAGGACCAUUCCCCAACUGACGGUCUGGGACUCGGGAGUCAGGAUUAGAUCUGGAUGAAGCACGUUCCAAUUAGAUAUAAAUAAGGGUGUGGAUUUGUUGAAGGUUGGACUGCACUUUUCUUCAUCCCUCCCACUCUAUACGCCAUCAAACCACGUCGGCCUCUAUACAUCAUCCUCCCCAAGUAAAGACUAGGCAGACAAGGAUCGAAAAAUCGCUCUCCCACUCCUCCUCCUCUUCCUUCUCUGUCUGGAAGCCCCAGCAGCAAUCUACUACAUCCAACUCCAUUUCCACGGCCAUGGACUCCAGAAGAAGCACUCGUUCUCACUCCGGGAGCAUUGACACCUUCAAUUCCCGCAAAUCAUUCACCUUCUCGUCCACAGAUCGCCCAUCACGCCCAGAAAGCCCUGCACAAAUGUCUCCCGCCUUCCACAACAGCCGUCGCUCGGGCUCCUACCACUCCAACCACUCCCGCAAGAGCAGUGAGGACCGUCGUCGCUACGACAACACCGUAUACCACUAUGGUCGACACUCCAACUACUGGUUGUUCGGCGGGUUCAGCGUUCGAGACACAGUCCGUGACGGCGUCGACUGGGUCCGCCAACACGGGAAGAAGAGCUGAAUUCUCAUCUCACUCCCGCGCGAGAAAAGGGAUUGAGCAGAACAGAAUAUUCAAACGAUGCAGAGAAACCCCGCUUUCAUCUCCUCCGAUAAGAUGCACGAGAUUGCACCGAGUGUCGCAGCCAUACUGAACGGAUAGGCAAACAUUGCGGCAUGCCCUUCAGUCAGACUCUAAUCAACCACUUCAAAUCAAGGAAGAUACGAUGGAUGCAUGGCCGGUCGUUAAUGCUAUAAUAUAAUGCACCCUUACCACCCGAGACCGCAAAGAGUUCACGCAAGGGAAUUGAGAUUCUCCGCAGAGCGCAACUCUCAAUCUCCCUGGUUAGGAGGACUCUGUCUCCCUCAGUGGACUGGAAUUUCAUUUCUUUACAGCCUGCAGAGUUCUAUACAGGCACUUUGGCGACUUAUUCUCAUUACUUACUUUUCUUAUUUUUUACUUGGUCAAAUCAAAUUACACCAAUUUAUUUUUAUUUUUAUUAUUA